GUUGUAGUUGAUUUGGGGGAUUUGUGCCAUCUGUUCACAGGGUUACUGGGUUGAAUGGAAUUGGGUAGGCAGCAGCAGGGAGGGUGUCUGGAUGGUUCUGGUUCAGCUGCUACUGUCUGGAUGGGUCUGGUUCGGCUGCUACUGUCUGGAUGGGUCUGGUUCGGCUGCUACUGUCUGGAUGGGUCUGGUUCAGCUGCUACUGUCUGGAUGGGUCUGGUUCGGCUGCUACUGUCUGGAUGGGUCUGGUGUGGCUGCUACUGUCUGGAUGGGUCUGGUGUGGCUGCUACUGUCUGGAUGGGUCUGGUUCGGCUGCUACUGUCUGGAUGGGUCUGGUUCGGCUGCUACUGUCUGGAUGGGUCUGGUGUGGCUGCUACUGUCUGGAUGGGUCUGGUGUGGCUGCUACUGUCUGGAUGGGUCUGGUGUGGCUGCUACUGUCUGGAUGGGUCUGGUGUGGCUGCUACUGUCUGGAUGGGUCUGGUUCGGCUGCUACUGUCUGGAUGGGUCUGGUUCAGCCUCUACUGUCUGGAUGGGUCUGGUUCGGCUGCUACUGUCUGGAUGGUUCUGGUUCAGCUGCUACUGUCUGGAUGGGUCUGGUGUGGCUGUUACUGUCUGGAUGGGUCUGGUUCGGCUGCUACUGUCUGGAUGGUUCUGGUUCAGCUGCUACUGUCUGGAUGGGUCUGGUUCGGCUGCUACUGUCUGGAUGGGUCUGGUGUGGCUGCUACUGUCUGGAUGGGUCUGGUUCGGCUGCUACUGUCUGGAUGGGUCUGGUGUGGCUGCAACUGUCUGGAUGGGUCUGGUCUGGAUGGUUCUGGUUCGGCUGCUACUGUCUGGAUGGGUCUGGUGUGGCUGCUACUGUCUGGAUGGGUCUGGUGUGGCUGCUACUGUCUGGAUGGGUCUGGUGUGGCUGCUACUGUCUGGAUGGGUCUGGUGUGGCUGCUACUGUCUGGAUGGUUCUGGUUCGGCUGCUACUGUCUGGAUGGGUCUGGUGUGGCUGCUACUGUCUGGAUGGUUCUGGUCUGGAUGGGUCUGGUUUGGCUGCUACUGUCUGGAUGGUUCUGGUUCGGCUGCUACUGUCUGGAUGGUUCUGGUGUGGCUGCUACUGUCUGGAUGGGUCUGGUUCGGCUGCUACUGUCUGGAUGGGUCUGGUGUGGCUGCUACUGUCUGGAAGGGUCUGGUCUGGAUGGUUCUGGUUCGGCUGCUACUGUCUGGAUGGUUCUGGUUCGGCUGCUACUGUCUGGAUGGGUCUGGUGUGGCUGCUACUGUCUGGAUGGUUCUGGUCUGGCUGCAGCAGUCAGCCAGGCUGGUGCAGUUGGUCAUCUGACACAGGUUAUUUAUUACAUCAUCACUGUCUCUAGUGAACCAGUCUGGGAACUGUGUUUUGGCCACAUGAACAAUCACACUCAGACAUGGGCACCUAAUAU